AUGUCGAUAUCCGAUGCCAACAAACAACUGCAUGUUAUACGUGAUCAACUGAGACAAAUGGAACACCAGUACAGAGAUGGAAAUAAAUCCAACACCAUUCUUUCCAUGGAAGUGGGAAAAAUAGAUGAGGCAAGGAUGUUUGAAGAGCAGGAAACCGUCAGUACCUUGGAUCACAACUCACAUAGCACAGGAGACCUUGGCGCAUUAAUCGAGGAAUCAAAUAUUACUUUUUCAAAUGGAUUUGAGCAAAGAGAAUCCGGAUUCUCAACACCGAUAGAAUUCGAAAAUCACGAACAAGAAUCUCAUGACCCGUCCGUAUGUGGAGAAUUCCACCAAGCUAUCAUAAACAUGGAGGACCUCAAUGACGUAGAUAUCUUAUUAGAAGACGUCAUCAGUUCUGUACAAAUAGAUUCAAUGAGUGAUGAAGAUCUUCACAUUCUCAAGCAAUAUGUUUCCUGCCCGAUGAAUGAAGAAUCUGAGCAAGAAACUUUGUAUCAGCCUUCGGGAAAGCAAUAUUCUGCUACGAAAGCAUUAGAGUCUGAAGAUGAGGUGGAUCUAAGAUGCAAAGAUAGAAUAAGAAAAGACAAUCACAAUAUCAUUGAACGACGACGGAGAUACAACAUCAAUGACAGGAUACAGGAAAUAUCUUCUCUACUACCACCAUCUACUCCUCCGUAA